AUGGUUUUAUCUUUAGUGGGAUGAUUUUUGGGUGUAAUAUUGAUAAGUGAAGCUUUUUUCGGUGGAAAUUUAAGACGUUUUAUUUAUAAAAAUGAAGCGUUGGAGACGUUUUGGACUAUUGUUCCAGCGGUAUUUCUAGGUGGAUUAGGUUUUAUUUCUCUUAAAAACCUAUACAAUAUAGAAGUAGGUGAUUGUGUGGCUCAUACUGUGAAAGUAACAGGGCAUCAAUGAUAUUGAGAAUAUCAGUAUGAGUUAAACUUUUCUAAUGAAGUGUGUAAAUCUGAACAUGUUAAAUUAAUUAAUGAUGUUAUAUAUAGUUGAUUGUCGGGAACCCAAAAUAACAAAAAUGAUAGGGUUCUUUUAAGGGUUAUUGAACUUUUCAUUAAGGGAGAUUGAUUUGUUAAAUAUGAUUCUUAUAUUGUGCCUGAGUCUGAGUUGUCUUUAGAUGAGUCAGAUGUUUUAAAGUUUCGUAACCAGUGGGUUGAUAAUAGAUGUUUGUUAGCUUGUAAUAAAAAAAAUGAGGUCUUAGUGUCUACUGCGGAUGUAAUACAUAGAUGAGGUGUUUCAGAAUUGGGUGUAAAAGCUGAUGCUGUUCCUGGUCGUAGUAAUGCUUUAGGGAUUGAACCUAUUUUACCUGGGGUGUUAUUUGGUAAUUGUUAUGAGCUUUGUGGAGAAGGACAUAGACAAAUACCUAUUGUAGUUACUGUUAGGGAAUAUAUAAAUGUAAUUUUAUUAUUAAAAAAUCAAAUUUUUAAUGCAGAGUUUUUUGAAGAGUUUUUGGAUAGAUUAAUUUAG